AUUUGUAGAGCAUAAUAUUAUUAAAGACUUUAGUGCCACUUAAAAUGGAAUUUAAAAUUACACCGCUACAAAGUACAAAAUGUGUUAAGAUAUACCCGAAAUUUUAUUUUCGAAUAAUGACCAUUCAAUAUAGCUGAACAUAAAAAGUGAUCGGUUAUUUUUCAGUAUACUAUGACAAAGCUAUAAAUCGAAAGGUAGUGUCAACAGGUUAAUUAGGAUUUGAUUGAAAUAACCUACACGAAAUGGAAUAAUACUCAGUUUACUGGAAUGUCCGUUCAACACGGAAACCACGUGCGGUACCCUUUGCCGAAAAAGAAACUGGAUUUCUUAAGGUCAGGAAGUUUGAAGGGAAUCCGUUUGCAGAAAAGUUUAAGAAAAAGUGCAAGUUUACCAAAUACUCCACUCUCAGAAGAAUUAAAAUUUAAUAUUGAGGACAAUGUAAUUGAAGAAUCUAACAUAGAUAAGAAAGGUGGUGCUGACACACAAAAAGGUUCAAAGAGAGCAGACCCUAAAAAAGUUCUCGAUGAAUCUGUCGUCGUAAAUAACAGGUCUGUUGACUUUGCCAAUCUCACACAUAGAGGUGUUUCCUUUAUAAUGGACUCAACUCCAGUAUUGAGUAAAUCAAGGACACAGAAGUUUCAUAAGCUGUUCAAAACUGUGCCGGAAAAUGAGUAUCCAGUUGAUUACUUCUCGUGCGCGUAUAUCGGAGAUAUCCUAUUACAAGGAAACUUGUAUGUCUCUCAGAACUGGUUCUGUUUUUACUCAAGAAUCAGGGGACGUGGGCGAUUGUUGGAGAUCCCUAUGGACAGUGUGAUCAGUAUAACAAGAGAGAAAACUGCCAUCAUAUUCCCUAAUGCCAUAGGACUUCAAACCAAAAAUGACAAGUAUGCCUUUGGAUCUUUUAUAUCCCGAGACAAUACUUACAAGUUCUUUGUUAGCAUGUGGAAGAAAUCUCAGGAGGCCAAGCUCCUGUGUGAUAAGUACAUAGAACAUUACCAGACUUCAGAAGGUUUGGAUGGAGGGUGUGACACAUUAAAGGCUGAUAGGAGUUCGUCAUCGUUUGCGCAAGACGGCUUAUUAGGAAAGCGGGAUAGCUCAUUCAGCACGAACACGGCUGCCAACGGAAAUCUGGAGGAAAUGCUUUCAAACAGAUCACAAUCCAAUUCUAAGUCAGACUCUAGUGAUAAUUCCGACUGUAGUAUAUGUAUCGAAAGAGGCUCAGUAGAUAUUAGUGACAUUAACGAGAUGGGUUUAAAUGAUCUCAGUGUAAAGACGGAUAGUAAUUCAAGUCCUGUAAGGCAAGUGUCGCGACGCAGUAAUAAAAGAAUACCAAAGAAGUUGACAAAUACGGAUAAAAAAGGGGUACCGGUUAGGAAGAAAGGUACGGAAUCGAAGGCGUUGACAAAUGACGGGAAGAGACUCCAGUUUCCAUAUUCUGUGAUUCAUUGUAUUGACAGACAAAAGACUAUAAUGGCCUUGCAAACUUCUGCGACAAAACUUCAAAAAAUUCCAAGAACCAAUCUACUUCUGGCAAUCUGUACCUUACUAGUAUUAUUUUUAAUGUUAUCUGCAGUGGGACUAACUUAUAAAAUUCUAAAUUUGGAAAGUAAGAUAUCGGCUAGAAAUGUGUGGACAGAGGCUGAUCACAAUUUUAACAGAGAUAAGACGUACAUGAACGUGAUGGGUUUGCAAUCCGUGAUGAGAGAUUCAACAGCUGAACAUGUUCAAAAUAUAUUACAAGCCAAUAUAAAGAUUUUACAUGAGAUUAAUUCAAGUUUGCAAAGUUUAAAAAAAGCGGGAGAUAAAUCUGGCAAUGUUUGACAGUGUGAGGAAACCUGUUUUACUACAUCCACCACAAUGUGCUAUCCUGGUAGUUAACCUCUACCAACAAAAAUCGUAACAGCGGCUAGAAGCCAAAGACAUUUCUCAGGCCGAAAUUAGAAGAUAAAAAUUGAAAUCUGCAAGAUCUGCACAAAUGUAUAUCAUCGCACAUGUCAAAGGUUUAUUAAAUUGAAAAAAUUAAACCAGUCUAUAGAUGGAGCUCACCCAUUGGUUGAUUUCAAAUCAGUGCAAAAAAUUAACCAAUCAAAUGACUCGUCUUAGACUUGUCACUAGUUAUACUUGGAAAUAUUGGAAAGGCUUUAACUGUUGCUUAUGCUGGCAUGUGUAUUAUAAAAGUAAAGUUAUCAGGCUUGAUUGAUCUGGAAAUCUGGAAACUGUGUUAUACACUUAAAUGUUUCUUGCAACAUGCUGUCACUUUCUUUUUGGAAACGGCUUACUAAGUAAGCGUUUAAUCAUGUACAUCUACUGUGAUACAGCCAGCUAUCAAUUUAAAAUACUGACAAUUGAGUAAAUAAUACAAAUGCUUCUAUUUUAAAGCAGUAAUGAUUUAUAAUACUGCAUGUUUGAAACAUCAAUUUUUAUAGAUCAAUCAUGGUGUGUAUAUUUACCAAUAUACAAGGCUGCAGCAAUUUUAUGAUUUAUUUCCAAUUUAAAUCAAAGUUAAACAAAUUUGGCAGUAUUGUAAAUUUGUUAUUAGACCUUCAAUAAGUUAUAUGGCCUUUGUUGAUAUGGUUAUUUGCUAUGUAAACUUACAACUGUUUUUAUUGGGCCAUAUAACCUGUAAUAUCUAUUUUAGUUGAUAAUGAUGGUGUAAGCAGAAUAAGGACAAAAAUACCAAUGGCUGCCUCAGUAUGAAAGUGAUAUUUUCUUACUGAAAUAUUUCUAACCAAUAUACUAGUGUACCAAAGACUUGGACAAAAAGUCAUGUGAUCAGCAUUUUUCCUGUAAAAUGAACGAAACAUUUUGAAAUGUUUAAAACAACAUAUGUCUGUGAUCUAUUUUUAGCAUUUUUCUUUCAGGACCCGUAAAUACAUUCCUGUGACAAGUGUAAUCAGUAUCUGUUGUUUUAUAUGUGUUGUUGUUAUUGUUGUUGUUUUUAUAUGUGUUCCAUAUAGUCAUGGUUUACAGUUCAUUGAUGAUUGAUGGAUUGAGUAUGAAUAACAAUUGGACUUUGAAUGCCAUAAAUGUAAAAAUAAUGAUGGUUUACAUAAUUAUAAGACAGAUUUUAAUACAUGACUGUGUAAAUAAAUGUUAAAGAUAUACUAUGCUCAUCCUUGAGUAAAAUAUUUUAAUCACAGAAAUUGAUUGAAAUCUAUAAAAUUCUUACUGAAUAUGUCUAAUUUGAAUAAAGUAAUGAAUAAACUAUGUAAGGGAAGCUGAAUUCUCUAUUAUUGGUUAAGCAAAGUUGGUACUUUCUUUAAAAAAAAUGGCAUUUUUUAAUGACACUAUAUAUUCAUAGUGUGACAACAUAAUUAUAGUGUGUAGAGUUUUAAACAUAUCUACUUCAUGUGAAGCCAGAACAUGUUUAUUUUUUAUUUACAAAAUCAUCAAUAUAGUUUCUAACAUCAAAUUUGAGCAUAGUGUGUCUUUAACAUACAUGAGUUUUUUUUGUCAUUAUGAAAUUUGUGAUAGGAAAUUUGUGCCAGGAUACUGAUAAUUUACCCAUUUCUUGUUUGUCAGUUUGUCCGUCUGUCUGUCUGUUCAGAAGCAUUUAUGCUGAUUUUUUUUCUUAUCAAAUCUGUUAUACAGAUUUUGAACAUUAUAUUGUAUAUUUCAUCAGUUACAACCUAUAAAAUAAAGAUAUUUCUCUUGGGGUAUUUGUAGUUUUAAGAAAUACAGUUAAUUUACAAGUAGUGCUGCUGAAUAGGGCAGUUUGAUUUUUUUUUCAAAAGUUUUUUUUUUUUAUCUGUUUCGAAAGUUUAUGUUACUGAAAACUGGUAUAUAUUUUUUGUUUGUAAAUAAUAAAAAGUUUUAUUUAUUUGUCUAAAUGAUGCUUAAAUUAGGAUAUACAUGUAUGUAAAGAAACUUGAAAAUUGAAGUACUUUGUACAGUUCAAGAUAUUUUUUUAAUAUAUUAGAAAAGUGCUGUAUAAGGAAAUACUAAAAUCAGCUUUUAGCAUACCAGGAGAUAUUUAGACAGGUUUUGAUACGCCAGGAAGUACUUUAAACAGAAUUUGGUAUGCAAGAUAAUAGUUACUUAAAACAGCUUUUGGGAUAUUGGUUUUUGGUAUACAAGGAAUUAUUCAAACAGAAUUUGGCAUACCAGGAUGGUUAAAAAUAGCUUUUUGAGAUAAUGUUGUUUUUUUUUUUUUUGGUAAACAAAGAAUUACUUAAACAGAUUCUUGUAUACCAGGUAGUUUAUUUGAACUAGAUUUUGGGAAAAUGGUUUUUGGUAUACAAGGAAUUACUGAAACAGAUUUUGGUAUACCAGGAAGGUUUGAAAUAGCUUUUGAUAUACCGGUAAUUGUCUUUUGGUAAAUAAGGAAUUAGUUAAACAGAUUUUGGUUUACCAGGAAGAUUUUAAAUAAAUUUUGCUGAAAUUUGUGGUAUACCGGAUGUAGAGCUUUUUGUAAGAAAGUACUAAAUUAGCUUUUUUGGGGAAAAUUGUAAAAAAAUAAAAAAAAUUGGUAUUCAAGGAACUAGUUAAACAUCUUUUUCGGUGUGUAAUACAUUACUUAAACAGCAUUAUUGUGUGUAAAUGUUACAAUAUUAUAUUUAGAUGUCUUUUGCUAUAUCCGAGUUAUUUUAAAGAAUAUGUGAUAUUGUAUAGUCUUUUCAAUCAUGACCUUUUUGUCAUCAUGACAUUUGCAGAAAAAAAUAAUGACCUUUUCAGAAAAAGGUCAAAUGGAUAUUCUUCAUAAAUCUCUUCAUGACCUUUUUGUCAUCAUGACCUUUCACGAAAAAAAAUGAUGACCUUUCCAGGAAAAGGUCAAAUGCAAAUUCUUAUUUUAGGUAUAGCCUAUGAAUAGAAAGAGGAAUUCAUAGCAUAUGUCAAAGCCUGUUUAUUUAUUAAUUUUUUUUUGAUAUUGGAGAAAUCCAUACAGAUUAUUUAGAUUUAAAAGGUUAUCUUGGAGUGAACUAUAUAUAUGUAUAUCUAUGUAUCUAUUUAUUGUUCUAUGAACUAUAUUUAUUUAUAGUGAUGACAUAUCAUAAAAGUAGUAUUAUUAAGUAUCAAGAGUUGUUAAAGGCCCAUUAUGCCCCAGUAUGCUUUUAUAUUUAUUUAUCAAAUGCUCCUUAUUUUUGGUGUCCCAAUAUGGUUUCCAAAAAAUUUCUCACUGGUCAAUUACCUGAAUCAUCUUUUGCUGUUACAUUUUGACAAUUAGUAUAGUUGUAGUGAUUAAGUAUUUUGUAUGGAAGUCAAAAUGCUAUACAUGUAUUUUGUUUAUGUUUUACUACUUUUUAUGGCAAAUAUUGAACUAAUUUUCACAUUGGGCACUAUUUUCUUCAGAUAAUAAGCAUCUAUAAAUGCUUUUAAACCAUUUUUAACAUUAUAAAACUCAUAUUUGCUCUUUCUAAAGAAGGGUAAAAUUUAUUUGUUUAUGAGGCAUAAUGAGCCUUUAAAGUAGUUCAUUGAGUAGCAAGUUAGUCAGUCCUGUCAAGAAAAUUAAUGUGUAUACUGUAAUAGUCAUAAAAUAAUGAAUGCUGAAUGUAUUUUACUUUGACUUUGCUUUUCAGAAGGAAUCUUUAAAAUUUUAGGAGAAUUGCAUAUUUUAAGCAGAAUGCUAGUAUGUUUUGGUCAAAAAGUUCUAAUAUUGAAAUCAAAAUGUAUAUUCAAUACUUUUAUUUUUUAAACACUUAAAAAAAAAAAUGCUUUUGUAUUUCUGUGAUGUAGAUUUUUAUGCUAAAUUAUAAUGUUAAUUAAUCUAUUGGAUAUCUGUAAAGUUCGAGUCUUUUUUUUAUUUGAGGCUGUGACAGAAAGAAUGAUGACAGUAUUAUGUCUGACACAUGGCAUAAUUUUUGAUGUAACAAACUUCUUGACAACUGAUGCCAUUCACUUAUGACAUCAUCAUUCUUUUGACACCAUAGAUUUUACUACAACAUCUGACAUUCAUUUACAACAUUUACCAAUUUGACACCAUAUGUGUCACAUCUGACAUUUCUUCACUUAUUUUUCACUCAUGAUAUUAUCAUUUUGACAUUAAAAAGGUUUCACAACAUUUGACAUCAUGUAGUGAUGACAUCAUCAUUUUGACAUGCAGUGAUGACAUCAUCAAUUUUGACAUCAUGCAGUGAUGACAUCAUCAAUUUAACAUCAUGAUGUUAUGACAACAUCAUUUUGACAUCAUGAAGUUAUGACAUCAUCAUUUUGACAUCACAAACUUGCUCACUUGUACAUUUAGAUAUAAAUUGUAAAGACACUGCAACCUAUCCAUGAUGAUCUGUAGUUGACAGUUUAAAAAUGUUCCUUGUUUAAAGGAACCCCACUGAGGUCUAAAGGUAAAAUUGUCUUAUAAUAUCUUACAAUCUAAAAACAUAAAAUUUGAAAUAUUGCAAUUAUCUAGAGAAGCACUAAAAAUUGAAAAAUCUGCGAAUGAUAACAAAGAAAUAUACUCAAAAUUAAAUUAAAAAUCAAUUUUAUGUGUGAUUAUUAGCCGGAUUUAUAAUGAGAGAAAAGCGUCUCAACACUUUUCACUUUUGGAAUAUUUUUCACAUCUAAAAUGAUUAUCCUGGGAAAAUGAGGACAAGUUACUGGAAAAGACAUGACUCAAUUGGUACACAAAUCUCCGAAAAAUAUUUUUAGCCUGUCAAGUCUUAAAACCUCAGUGGAGGCCCUUUAAGGUGUUCAUUUAGUAUUAAAUUUAUUAUUAGGGCAAAUGAAACGGCAGCGUUUAUUUUUAUUUGUGACAUGUUUUCUUCAUGUGAUCACUGCUCAGAGAUGGUUUACCAGAUCAUGCUGUUUGGGUAUAAUAGAUUUAUUUUGCAUUUGAGAUCAACUUUGAGAGGCCCUUUCACAUCUAUCAAGGCAGUCAGCAUUGGUCUUGUAAAUUUUGUUUCAUCAGAAACUGUUAAUAAUUAACAUAUUUAAAGUAAAAUCAAUAAUAAAAAAAAUUAGGAUAAAUUUUUCAACAUCAUUAUUUGUGGAGCCCUAAUUUUUGUGGUUUUUGGGGGAUAGACCAAUCCACGAAUUUAAGAUCCAACGAAAUGUUGUUUCGUCUGCUGUACAAAUAUUUUAGUACAUUGUAAUUUAGUUUGCAAAAACAGACAAUCAACAAAUUUAAGAACCCACAAAAUUGACAUUUUUGGUAGGACCACGAAAUAUUUUCAUUCUCUCGAAAUUAAGUGAAUUUACAGUAUAUACUUUGCAUACUUCAA